AAGGAUGCCAAGCUGGCGUGGAAGCGCGCAGUGAGAGGGGUGAGGGAGAUGUGUGACGCAUGUGAAGCCACACUUUUCAACAUCCACUGGGUCUGUCAGAAAUGUGGCUUUGUCGUCUGCCUGGACUGCUACAAGGCCAAGGAGAGAAAGAGCUCCAAAGAUAAAGAGCUGUAUGGAUGGCUGAAGUGUGUUAAAGGCCAACCCCACGACCAUAAACACCUCAUGCCAACCCAGAUCAUCCCUGGCUCAGUGCUGACAGACUUGGUGACGUCCAUGCACUCCCUGAGAGAAAAACACAACAUAAGCUCUCACUGUCCCUGUGCCAGCAAACAGAGCCUUCUCACCAAACUGCCUGCCACCAACGGAGUCUCACAGGUACCACGGCCUCCUCCAGUCAAUCACAUCCUGACUCACUGAAGAGCAGCAUAGUGCGAUGCUGACUGUGAUUGUUAGUGGUGUUAAUGUAGAGUGAGAUAACAUAUCAGGAUGAUGGACUAAUUUGGAAUGGGUGCAUGGC